GACCACCACAAACAAAGUGCCUUCGACGCUAAUUGUCUCGACUGCUCAGAGCAUGCUCUUGCUCUAACACUUUCCAUGUCACGAUGAUGCUAUGUUUGUUAUAAGCACAAAACACAUUGACCUAAAGACAUACAAACCAUCCGGCGCAAUUGGAUCUAUACUCAUCAUCGGAAACACGUGAUAGCGCGUCAUCGGAGGCUUUGCAGGGGCGUUCAACAGCUCCGACGCGACUUUCCAAGGGUUCCAGGCCAAACGGAUAUUCUUAUGGAUUAUUAUGGCUGAGGCAACUACGGCAGUCAGUCAUGAGGCCCCAGUAACCGCGAAUGGGACGCUUUUCCGGGGAAAGCACUUCUGGCUCUCACACAAUGUUCCCCAACGAAACCGGUUCAAAGAUCUUAUCCAGCAACACGGAGGCCACAUAAGGCUGUUUGAGAAAGAUGCCGAAAUCAAAAUAGUCGAUCACAAACGGAGGAAUCUCCCGCCGGACACAUACUCCUUCAAGUUCAUCGAGGACUCCAUCCGCAAAGGGCGGAUGCAGAGUUUAGAGCCUUAUCGAGCCGGGCCAUCAGAAGCUCGACCAGUUGGCGCUUCAUACAUUCCUACGCGAAACCACAAAGUGCCCUACACUGUCGCAGAUGACCAGCUUCUAUGGGACUGGAUGCAGAAUUAUGAACGAGACUCGACAGCCUCUAUUUCAGGGAAUAAGAUUUACCAAGAACUUGCGGCGAAGGUAGUGUCCACCUCGAUCUAUAGAUCCCCGCAGAGAUGUUUAAUCGUGACUGAAUACCCCCUAGAACCCCAGACAUACAUUUCAAUCAUGGCAAGAACCGCUGAGCCCGUGCCAGAACGUGUAGCAGCUGCACCUGCACGCCUUCAGCACAAAGGUAAGGAGCCUGUGAGGCCUCCUCCACCACAAAUCGAUCCGAAGGCAUCGAUUGGUGGGGAGAAGCUUUCUCCAACUACGAACGGAGUCGAGCAACAAUCCAUUCCGGAACAGACCGAGACUGGAACCGAUAAGCCACAAAAUGGCGCUGACCCCGCUCCAAUACCCCCGGAGAUAGAUCCUCUAUUUCUUCAGCUUCCUUUCUUACCUUCAAGUCCCGAGCCUGAACCCCAGGAUAUUGACACUUGGAUUGACCGUCGCCUUCGGAAUGGCAGAGCGACAGAGGCACAGAUCAUCGAGGCCUUGCGCUGCACAAGUAUGGACCCAGACUUGGCAGAUAAGGUUCUCGAAUUCUUGGUGGCCGGAAAGGACAUUCCAGACGAUAUUCCGGGGGUCUGGACCACGGGAGAUGACAGGUGUGUGGAAGGAAAAGAGACUCGAGGGAUCCAGCGGGUUCUAGAGAAACACGGCGCGGAAGCGUUCGAUGCUAGGUGGGAAUAUCUAAGCAUGGCAAGGGCUGCCGGUCUUGAGACAGAAACCAUUGAAUAA